AUGGAGCUGCUGGACAAGAUGGCAAUCUACGUUCUGGUGAUCACGCCUCUCAUCAUGCUGUCCAAGCCAGUUCUGCCAAAGGUUGUUUGGGGCUACGAUUUCCUGCCCCAGAUGGCAUGCCACAUGUGGUCCUUUGUCAUCGCUUGCUUCAUCCUGCUGCACAGUGGAGAUGAGUGGAUGGCUCUGAUCUCGUUUGCCGCGGCUAUGCUGAUCGCCUUAGGCUUAUGUAGCACUUGUAUUUGCAGCUUGCACAUGGACAUGGCUUGA